AGAUAAAAGAUUCAUUGACAAAAGUGUUGAAACAUACAAACGCGUUCAUUUCCCCUUACCUCUUCUUCAUUCAGCCUUUGCUUUGCUUUGCUUUCCUUCCCUUCUACCUUCAACCAUCUACCCUCCUCACACAAACAAGCAAGCAAGCAUGGUCAACAUCACAUAUGGGCUCAUCGAUGCCCCGGACGGCAAGGCAAGUGCUUCAAGACUGAUUUCCGCUUUUGGUUCAGAGAUGGUGGUCACUUUACCAGAUGAUGGAAUUGCUUCUUUUGGAUCAGGUGAUAUCGCUUGGAUUAUGACUUGCACAGCUUUGGUUUUUACCAUGAUUCCAGGUCUUGGUUAUCUAUAUUCCGGUCUAGCACGUAGAAAGAACGCCUUGCAUAUGCUCUUGAUGACAUUCAUGGCUCUUACAGUCGUUUCCGUUCAAUGGGUUCUGUUUGGAUAUAGUAUCACUUUUUCAACAACUGGAGGCGCAUUCAUCGGAGAUUUGAGUAACGGUGGAUUCAAAGGUGUUUUAGAACAACCAAAAGCAGAAGCAAACAAUCGAAUUCCAGAAAUCAUUUAUGCAAUGUACGAAAUGAUGUUUGCCAAUUUGGUUCCCGCAAUCGCUCUUGGUGCUGCAUGUGAACGUGCAAGAGUUUGGCCUUUCAUCGUUUUCACUUUCGUUUGGACUACUUUUGUUUAUGAUUUUAUCGCCCAUUGGAUUUGGUCUUCUAACGGAUGGGCAUUCAAAUGGGGUGUUUUGGAUUAUGCAGGUGGUGGUCCAGUUGAAGUUUGCUCUGGUAUCACUGGUUUAGUCAUCUCGUAUUAUUUGGGCAAACGUCAUGGAUACGGUACAGACCGUCUCUUGUUCAAACCUCACAACGUUUCACAUAUCGUCUUGGGUACCGUGUUCCUCUGGUUCGGUUGGUUAGGUUUCAACGGUGGUUCAACUUUCGCUGCAAACUUACGCGCAGGAAUGUCAUUGGCCACAACGAAUACAGCCGCAAGUACGGCAGCAAUCACAUGGAUGAUAAUGGAUUACAGAUUCGAACGUAAAUGGUCCGUUGUUGGAUUUUGCACAGGUGCAAUUGCGGGUUUGGUUGCAAUCACGCCUGCUGCUGGUUUCAUCGGUGUUCCAGCUUCUUUCCUUGUUGGAUUUUUGGCAGCUUUCAUCUCUAACUUGUGUACUCAAGUUAAAGUCUUUAUGCGUUGUGAUGAUGUUAUGGAUAUUUUCGCAGUGCACGCAGUGGCAGGAUACGUUGGUAUCUUGUUAACCGGUAUCUUCACACAAGCAAGUGUGGCAAAUAACGAUGGAUAUUUGGAAAUUCCAGGUGGAUGGCUAGAUGGUCAUUUCAUUCAAUUGCCCAUUCAAUUGGCAUGGUGCGUUGUUGUGACUGCAUGGACUGGUGGUGUUACGUUUGUGAUCAUGUUUGUCUUGGAUCACAUUCCCGGAAUCGGUCCUUUCCGUUCAAGUGAAACGGCUGAGAUUAUCGGUGUUGAUGAAGAACAAUGUGGUGAAUUCGCAUACGAUUUCGCAUUCUUCAAUCGUGAUUUGGAAGGUAAUUACGAACCGGAGCAUGGACAAAAGCUUCCAAUGAUGGAACACAAGGACGGAUGUGCCGUUCAAAAGUCCACCUAUCCCAACGGAUCACAAACUGAAUCCACUGAUGAAACUACACCAAAUGAAGCAGCAGAGGAAGUCCUACAUAGAAAUUCGGAAGCCAAUGCAAGAGCAGCAACAAAUCAGCCUGAAACAACAAAAGAAGAAUGAGCAUUAUGUCUAUACCUUCACAGCAUCCCCACACAAUUUAAUUGCUUUUUCUAUUUUAUCAUUUAUCUCUCUUUAAUCUGCUUCAAAUGUCAUUUUGU